AGAGAGUGGAGAAAGGGAACGUCAGAGUGAGGAGAAGGAGGGAGGGAGCACUCUCUUUUGGAGGAGAGGAAAAGUGAGGGAAGCGCACAGUGGCAGAGGUACCCAAGAAUAGAGGAAACAAAAGAGGGACUGGGGAUUUUGUAAAUGGACAUGGAGGAUUCUGCCGGAGGAGCUCGUAAAGCCACCAAGAGUAAACUGUUUGAGUUUCUCGUCCAUGGAGUGCGUCCAGGGAUGACCUCAGGGGCACGGAUGCCCCAUCAAGGAGCUCCCAUGGGGCCUCCUGGACCUCCAUAUGGAGGAACACCGCCCAUUCGACCAGGGAUGCCUAACCCAGCCCUCGACCCCAACCGAAAACGUCCUGCCCCGACCCAGCCCGUGCAACCUCCCCCUGUCCAGAACCGUCCCAGAAAGAAACCACUUGGAUUUCCAGCAACAAAUGAGAUAUCCGCGAGACAGAUGGACAUGAGAGAAGCCCAGUCAGAUCCUGCAAUUGGAUCCAAUGCCAAGAGAAGAAAAAUGGCAGACAAGAUUCUCCCUCAGAGGGUGAGCUCCAUCACUGCUGCUUUUAUCUGUUUGUCUGUGUUUGUUUAUUCAUCUCUUAAUUUUCAGUGCCAAGUCAAGAGUGAUCGCACGGUACAGAUCCGUGAACUGGUGCCAGAGUCCCAGGCAUACAUGGACCUCCUGGCCUUUGAGCGCAAACUUGACCAAACCAUUAUGAGGAAGAGGGUGGAUAUACAGGAAGCCCUCAAAAGACCAAUGAAGCAAAAGCGGAAGCUGCGAUUGUACAUUUCAAACACUUACAACCCUGCCAAACCUGACGCAGAAGACUCGGAGGGCAGCAUUGCAUCCUGGGAGCUGCGUGUAGAGGGCAAGUUGUUGGAUGAUCCGGGAAAACAAAAGAGGAAGUUUUCGUCUUUCUUUAAGAGCCUUGUUAUUGAGCUGGACAAGGAUCUAUACGGCCCUGACAACCACUUAGUGGAGUGGCACCGCACCGCUACAACCCAGGAGACCGAUGGCUUCCAGGUGAAGAGGCCCGGCGAUGUGAAUGUGCGCUGUACCCUCUUGCUUAUGCUGGAUUACCAGCCUCCUCAGUUUAAGUUGGAUCCUCGCCUCGCACGUCUCCUUGGCAUCCACACUCAAACCCGCUCCUGCAUCAUCCAGGCAUUAUGGCAGUACGUCAAAACCAACAAGCUGCAGGAUCCUCAUGAAAAGGAGUACAUCAACUGUGAUAAAUAUUUCCAGCAGAUCUUCGACUGUCCUCGUCUAAAGUUCUGUGAGAUCCCUCAGCGACUAACCAACCUGCUGCUGCCGCCUGAUCCUAUUGUCAUCAAUCAUAUUAUUAGUGUGGAUCCAAAUGACCAGAAGAAGACAGCCUGCUAUGACAUUGAUGUUGAAGUUGAUGAUCCUCUUAAGAGUCAGAUGAACGGAUUCUUGCUGUCCACAGCCAAUCAACAAGAGAUUGCAUCCCUAGACAACAAGAUUCACGAAACUAUUGAGUCCAUCAACCAACUUAAGAUCCAGAGGGAUUUCAUGCUCAGCUUCUCCAGAGACCCCAAAGGCUACAUCCAGGACUGGAUCUGCUCCCAGAACCGGGAUCUUAAGCUGAUGACCGAUACAGCUGGUAAUCCAGAGGAAGAGAGGAGAGCAGAGUUUUAUAACCAGCCCUGGUCUCAGGAAGCUGUCAGUCGCUACUUCUAUUGCAAGAUUCAACAACGAAGACAGGAGCUUGAACAAGCUUUAGCACUGCGAACCACUUAACUCAACUAAUCUGUUUCUCUUGUGGCUUGGCCACUUUUAUUCUGGCGGUCUCCACACUGGCAGUUUUUUUUAAUGGACAUGAAAAUAUUAGACCCCCUUCUCAGUAUUGAGGUUUGGACUGAUUUUAAUCAAUGAAAAGUGUAAUUGUACUCUUAUUUGAUGUAUGUUUAUUGUACAGUUGAAUGUAUAUAAUCUCACAGUACAAUGAAUUUAAGAAUGUAGCUUGGGAAUGACACUUUCACACUGACUACACACAAAUACAGCGAUUGAUAAACAAUUAUAAUUGUUUAUCAGUUUUGUGAUGCACAUGAAGUGCAGAUAUGCUACUGUGUCUCUUGGAAAGGUAAAAAUACAAUGAAUGAAACUUUGAUACCUGGGAAAUUUAUUUAACCAUUAAUGAUAUGCUAAAUGUUAAUAUGUAAGUAUAGAUAUCGAACCUGUCAUGUUUUUUUUCUACCCGUUUGA